AUGUUUUGUCAUGUACCUGAAUGGUUAUUCUUUUUGGCAUCACAGAAUCAUCCGGUAACAUGUUACUAUGCCUGUUUAGCAGUCUGUGUUUUGGCCAGCGCUAAACAAACCGAAGUUGAAGCAACCAAAUCUGGAGCUUUAGCAUUUGUUGAACCAUUUUUACAAGGUAAACGACCAUCUGAGUUUAUCGAAGCCGAAACACAUACAAAACAUGCAUUGGGCAAAUCAAAGGAUUGGUUAAGACGGUAA